AUGCGUGAGACUAGUGUUCGUUCGUGGGUGUGCGAGAGAGAGAGAGAGAGAGAGAGAUUGUCUGCGGAAGAAACACUGAAGGUGGGAAGCUACAAUGCAUUGCUGAAAAGUACACUUCCAGAAGAGUACAAGUACUACAAAGCAGAAGAAGAAACCUUCGAAUCCUCUCAUGACGUUUUCCGAUCGGCGUUUCCUCGUGGAUUUGCGUGGGAGGUGAUCAGAGUUCAUUCCGGACCUCCGGUGAUAUCGUACAAAUUCUGGCACUGGGGUACUUUGAAGGUUGAUGAAUCAAUGAGAGCAGAAGAUGUUGAGAUCUAUUACGAUCUAACAGAUCUUAUCUCAAAGCUGCUUAAGGGGGAGUUAAUAUCUCAGGAGGAAAACACCGCCGCGGAUGCUCCUCCGGCGAACACCGGUAAUUGCCCAUUCGAGAAGCAAGUAUGA